GUAUUAUAUUGAUACUCUAGACGCCCCUAAAUAUCAAAUGGUUUGCUCCGUUGCUAUGCUAUCUUGUGUAGACAUUCUCCAGGGUGAUGAAGAAGAUGUAGCCAGCUAUUCAGCCUGAAAAUACCUAACAUUAACGUUGUUCGGUUUGAAACCUAAAUUGUGUGUAACGUAACCACAAUUACAAUGGCCGGUAUAAGGAGAGUUAACGGGAAAUUAUCGGGAAUCAACCCAGCUGUCAGUUGCUCUCGCCUGUGUCAGGUUCAGUCUCUGCUUUGUGAAGGUGGCACUGUCACUCCUGAUGGCAUCCUGUGCUCUCUUGGAAUUGACAGCAGAUAUAAUGAGGGGUGCACUGAGCUGGCGAAGUAUCUGUUCUAUGGACUAUAUGGAAGAAAUCAGCUGAAUCUGGAACAUGUCCUUGAGGAAUUUCCUGAAGAAAUGCUGGAUGAUGUAAUCCUGUUGAUCAAGGCAGAGUGUGUUCAUCUGUACUGCAACCCAAUGAACUACAGUUACCUGUUGCCCUACGUGUCCCACUGGAGGAACUUGCAUCUUUACUGCAUGACAAAGGCGGAGUAUGAAGAUGAAGAAGCAGCAGAGGAAUUCAAAAUUUCCAGUUUCGUUACAAUGGUGCAGGACUGCUAUCGCAUUGGAGUACCUUACAGCUCCCAGGGACACAUCCAGAGGUUUGAUAUGUUUAUGAUGGAAAAGUGGCCCCUGAUUCAAGCUUUUGCCCUGGAAGGCAUCGGUGGAGGAAGCUUUUUUACCAUGAAAUACAAGCUAAUGGACAUGAGUGAGAAGCUGUGGCAGGUUUACAACAGACUUGACCCAGUGUCCCUGGAUAAUCUCCUCACAGAGGACUUGGUUAACUUUGAGAAGCAGUGGAGUGGAUUUUUCUCCAGCAUGGACCUGGAGAGCCAUCUGUCCAUCUUGGAGCUAUCUGAAGCACAGUCAGGCGAGGCAUUCCGAACAUAUUACUCUCAUGGACUGAUCUCAAGCAACAUCACAAAUAGAAGUAAAAGUCAGCAGCCCUUUGUGUUGUUUGGGAGGCAUUCGUCCUCAGAGGAUUUGGAGAAUUAUUUGUUCAACUUUCCCUCCGAGAGUCAUCAGGUCCGCAACACAGGACCUCUGGGUUCUGCAGCCAGACACAUGAUUCUGCAGUGUGUGGCUCCCAAAGGACCUCUAGCCUGCUCUCGAACCUAUUUCUUUGAGACCACCCACACUCCAUACCUUGGAAAUCAAAACACAGAGCAAAAGAAAACGGAAGUCUUGCUUUUGUCACAAAUAUAUUCAGCUUCUGUUCAAGCAGUCCUUUCAGGAAUCAAAUGCUACUCCUGUACCUCCAGCGCUACCAAGGCUAAGGAUGUAGCAGAGAACACCUUUCUCAUGGCUUUGGACUCAAUGAAUUUAAGUCCAUACCGCAGUUCUCUCAGGUCCAAAUGUGAAUUCACCAUUCAAGCAGUGAAUAUGCAAGGAAGAAUCAUUCCUCUGACUGAUGAAGAAAGCCGUUAUGCAGUUAAAACAGCCUCCAUGACUGUCCGUGACAUCCCAGACCUGCAGUGGGAUAGGGGCGACCUGGGCUCUGUGGUAUUCUCUGAGUCCUUCUUGGAGUCCAGCAUCAACAUUCAACAGAAAGAUGGCACUGUGUCCUCGGACAGCUGCUACACCAUCCUGACUACAACUGUGCCUCGAUAUGCCUGCUGGCUGAUGGAAUCUGAUGUCAAGCAAUCUGAGCAAGCCCAACAUCUUGCUAAGAAAGAGGAAGGCACAUGUUUGGGAACUGCUCUGACUGUAGCAGAUGCUGCAUAUGUGUUCUCCAGCAGCCAGCUUUCCACACCUGAAGAAGGAAAAAUAAUUUUCUUCUCUGAGGGACUCCUGUUUAUUCAUUCUCAAUAUGGAACCUUUACCCUGUCCAAGGAUCACAUCAGCACCAUCAAGUUCUAUGAUCCGGACUCCAGUGCUGUGGCAUCUCUGCUGGUGGAGUAUGAGAGCAGCGUGCUCCCACACCUUCCGUUCCCUCUCCACAGCGCCGACCGUUGUCUGGUUUUUGCUCUCCAGCCCAGGUCAAAGAGCCACAGGGCCUUCUACUCCAAGGUGUUGUCAGUAUGGCAAAACUCUAAAUCUGGACUCACUCUGCAAAUGAUGGACGAGAAGCACCUGACCUGCAACCAGAAAAACAUGCACACCAAACUGCAGAAGCUACAUGACAGUCAGGAGCCGCCCGUGGCCAAACGCAGGGGCAGCCUAAAGACUUCAUACUGCCAGCUGCCAGAGCAGGACAUGUUUCUUCAGCACUUUGCCUUGAGUAGUAUAAGUCAGGAGCCCAUUCUGUAUGACCACCUGGGGGUGCUCUUCCCCUCUGCAGAGCUGGGGAAUCCAGUUAGCAGUCAGGGAGACAAGGUUGUCAUUACCAUCAUCACUGGACUACUGGGAAGCCAUAAGAAGAAACUUUGCAACUUCCUGGUCCAGUUGAAUAAGGAACAUGGAAGGUGGGUGGUGUACGAGCCUGAUCCUGACAGCUGCGACAGCUUCUCAGCCUCUCACCUGCAGCAGUAUUUGUCCAGCUUCCUGGAGAGCCAGAGAGACCCGGGAGGCAAACCCCGUCUGUUGGUUCUCUCACCUGGAUACACAGAUGUUCUGGAUGUGGUCCAGGCUGUGCUUUUCCACCCUGACCCAGUUGUCCAAGCGUGUUUCACCAUUGGCGCUAUCACUGCUUGUGUGGACCCCCUCGCCUCCUGUAUGGAGCACAGGUUUGCAUUUCCUAAGCUGUUGGAGCAGUGCAGCCAAGGUAUUGUGAGCACGGUAGUGUUCACUGGGCUGAGAGCAGAGCAGAAGCAGCCCCUUAUGCAGCAUGUUCAUCAGUUGGUACGCUCUGCCAACCCCACCGCAGCCUUCAUACUGGCAGAGAAAGGAGCUGUCACCAGGAAUGAAGAUGUGAAUUUGAUAUUAUCUGAUAGCAGCUUCAAUGAGCCACAGAUGCUGAGAGCGCGUUAUGUCCUCUACCCUGGAUGGUGCAAAGGGCAAUUCUGUUCCGGUUCUGGGUCUCUGGUCCUCACCCAGCAGCGUGUGGCUUUCAACCGGCCCCUAGAGAGGCCUCUAUUUGUCACCCGCUGUAAAGCAUUGAAGUCAUCACUAAGGCCAAGCCCCUUCCGAGGAAAUGUGUACAAUGUUUGGGGAAAAGUCCGAUUUUCUGGCUCAGACCAGCUGAUGGAGGUGAGCUACAACACAGUGAGCGGGAGCCUAAGCAUUGUUCCUCUGACCCCGGACCCCAAAGACACCACCACGCCCUGCUUCCUGAACUUUGAUGGUGUCGGACUCACUGAGGAUGGACUGAAGGACUGGCUGCGGCAGUGUGCCAAACAGAAGCAGACAAAGAAGCCUAAGAAGACUAAAAGUACUUUAUCGCCACAAGAAAUCAAGAGCAUUCAUAUGACCAGGCACCUGGACCCACUACCACCAGGCUUCUUCUACAACGGUCAUCAAUAUGUUGACAUCUUUGGAGAAAAAAUGAACUUCCAUCCCUACAUGGAAGAGUUUAUUAAAGAGUACCUUGCCAAGGCCAACAGAGAAGUCGAGCAAUUCAACAGUCAGCUGGAGCUGCAGGGACCGCCUGACCUGUUUGAUCCGUGAUUGAAUCUGUCUGUAUGCCCACUGCCUCCAUCUGUCUUAUUUAAGUCUAAGGGGAACCACUGUGGGAGGGACAGGGAGGGCUCUGGGGCUAUCUACUAAACACUCCACUAGAAUGGUCAAUGUGUGGUCACACCGCAUGCAUCUGCAGACACUGCUGCUAGAAGUCCAUUCAUUAUCUAAGUACUAUGUCACUUUUUUUCCUUAUUUGUUUGCAAAUGAGCUUUUAAAGAAAAAUGACAUCACCCAUCCGAACUAGUUACACAUGGCAUGGCUGUAUGCCUUACUUCCACCUGCAAUACCACUAACUGUAGAGUUAGCACUUUGGCAAGUUAGGUAUCAUAUUUAUCAAAUGAAAUUUGACAAAUUGAUGUGGUCACUUGUGUUAAUUCAAAUUUAAGACAAGUUAGUCAAGAGAUGAGGGUUGCUCACAACUGCAGACAAAUCUGCAACGUAACGCAACACAAGACUCCAUCUUUAAAUCAAUGUUAUUACGCCCCACUAAGCCUGCAAGCUAUGGGACUUUCACAAUUUCAGGGAAUUUCCAACUGCACACUCCUACAGCUCGUGCAUUUCUGUUUAUCACAGUUGGCAAAUAAAUGCCUCUAUUUCUGGACAGGCAUGGAUAGCUGUUUGAUUCUGGUGGGCUCCCUGGUGGGGUUUCUCAAGAAUUGUUGUCACCCAAUCCAUGGCCCACCUGUUAUCUUGUCUGUGUGCCACGCUGCAGCAGUGAAAGCACUUGGCCAAAGGGCUGUAAACAUUGGGCCGCCUGUUGGCUGCAGACAACUGAUGAAUGAUGCCAUUAAUCACAUAGCUAAACACCAUCCCAGUGCUUUAUUUUAAGACUCCUAAAGUGAAUCUAAUAAAAGUGCAAUAAAGCAAACUUCAGUCCCUGCAGCAAAGUGUUGUAGUUAUGAAACAGCCGAGGUCGUCAAGAAACACAAGAAACUUUACCUUAAACCACUGUGUUCUAUUCAUUAUGCUGCUAGUGAAGCGUGAGAAACCAGGUAGACACAAAGUUAAGUUGAGCAUCCCUGCAGCCAGGUGUGGAUCACUAAUUUCACUAAGUUCAUUUGUUGUUGUAUUUGUUAUAGGUGUGAACGUGUUUUGUUUUAAUCUUUUGUGUCACUGCUUUUGGGUAGGUAAAGGGGGGAAUUGAAAUAACCUGGGAAAACUUAGAUUCAGUUCUCUGUUUGGGUAAACAUGAGGUUUAAAAGCCUUUAGUGAUAAGUGAUAAGGCUUCGUAUUAGCGGUGUAAUGUUGCAGAAUCAGACGUUGUGUCCUGUUUGAAUGAGUAGUUACAGUAUGUAAACAACCGUUACAGUAUAUAACUACUCAUUCGUUUGUGUGUCACACUAAUGGUGUAUGCAUGUCUUCCUCUUAUCAGGGUUCCUACACAGGUUUUGAAAAUCUAUAACUUAAAAUGUGUUUGGGUGGAGAACCGGUGCUGUCAUUUGUACAGUUUGUACAGGGUUGUACAAGACCCACUAAAAUUAUAAGUUGGUGUAUCUAACAAACCAAGCAUUUCAAAGGGAAAGCUUGGUAAAUAUGGGGAUUUUGAAGUAGUAAAUGUGUAGGAACCCUGCUACAAUAUCUAGAGAUUUGAUGGCUGUCAUUCAUUAUGGGGUCAGCAGUGUAACAUGCAUACUAAUUCAUCUUUUGGUCAUGUGGCUCUAAGUUUGUCUUGGGUAAAUUGAUACUGACCAAGGAACAUUAAAAUGCUCAUACAAUUGUGCAUAUAGUACUGCUACUAUAACAGUAGAGUGCAUUGGAUUGGCCUUUGUACACUCACUGUACCAAAGCAAAUGGCCUGUAUUUAGUAAUGGGUACUAGAUUUUUACCAUCUUGCUAGAAGAAUAUUUUAAACCCAAAAUCUAAUUCUUUAGGAGACGGGGGAAUUGUUGUUGGUGUGGCAAACACAAAUUCACCGUUGUGUUGAUAUUUUUAGAUCACUGGUGACCUCAGUGUAUUUUGGGUUGCUGUUUACAACACUGGCUAUGUUGUGUUUUACAUGUCCAUCAGUGCUGUCAACAGCCAGUAAAAAUCAAUACUUUUGUUUUCAGCUGUCAGACAGAGAGAGUGUGAUAACACUGUUAGCAAGUCAUUCCCCCUCUCCCCCCUGGAAGUAUCUGCAGAUUCAAAUAAUCCUGAAUCUGAACUCGAGCUGACACUGCUGGCCCCAUCCGUCCUCUCAGUAGAAUCUACUCUAAUGAUCUAAACAAGCCAUACCAUCUUAUGCUAGAUGUGCCACUGUCUUUUAGAAGAAUAAUCCAAUGCAUAGGAUAGCACGUAACAUAGCAAUGAAGUAUGCCUCUAACAUGUAUUACCCUGGCAUGUUCCAGCCAGCAAAAGAGUUAUUCAAAGUUACUCAUUCCCUUAUCUCCUCUUGUACACUCCUUCUCUUUUAUGCUAUAAAAAAGUGCAAUUGUACCUUGUGUUUUUAUAAAUUGUUCUUACAGUACCCUCAAAUAGCUCUUUAAGGACAAAAAAAAGAAUUGAGCUGCUAAAUUCUAAAUCUCUUACAGCUUGUAUUCUGUGAUCUAAUGGAUACUUUCUUUAAGUGCUUGUAGCUUACACUUAACAACAAGUGAAGGGUUUUGUGCAAAUUUAAGAUGCCACCUGGAAAAAAAGCUUUACCUCCGCUUACAAAUGACAGAUGGAACGCAAUGCAACAGAUAACACUGCUUUUUUAUUUUCUAUUUUAAAGUGGCGCAUGAUAGGAUGUCACAUAGAAUCCUUUGUAGACCAUAUGAUAACCAUGUGUUGUUUGAGCUGGGGUCCUCUGUUCAGCGUUUCAGGGAUGCAUUAUCAAAGCAGUCUGUAGUUAUGUAAUACUGCAGAGAGCUACCUUGAUUGACAGUGAAAUAGUUGUGAGGCUGACGAGACUGAAGGUUCCACAACUUCGAAAGCUGCUACACAUGUCAAAGAGCAGUGAAACUGAAACUAUAAUUGGCCAAGAGACCAAAGAGUAGUCCUUAAAGAGUUGAGGGUUAUGUAAAAUGUUUGUGAUAUUCAAAUCAAAUUACCACUAAGACAUAUACAGGACUACUGCUGCAAGUAUGUCUACAUUAUUUUGCAUGUGUUGAGAUGUCAUGUGAAUAUAAUUCCACAUAUUUAAUGACAAAUAUUGCCUUUCACCAAACUGGUACAACAAAGAGAAAAUAAUCACAUUUAUUUUACGUAUCUGCUAAGAAUUUGAAUUACCUCGAGAAAAAAAUGACAAAUAGUAUUUUUAUAAAACUGUGAAUUGAACAUUCUAGGUGCAAGCAAAACGUCUCCUUUCGCACAAGCUACAAAAAGCAAAAGCAGAUGCAAUUUUUUUGGUAGGAAAAAAAACUCAAACAGAAUCUGAACGGUCGUGAGAUGUCAGGUUUUUGUGAUCCAGCAGUGCCUUGGCUGUACGGCUAAGAAAAGCAGAGAUUAAAGCUGCAUUCAGAGCUCCAUCCUUCUCCCUGUCACAGGAGCUGGAGGAGCUGUUGGCAGGCGAGGAUCCGUCCUUCAACAGUGUUGGUGAAAGGAAUCCAUAGAGUCGUUCUUUAAAGCAAUGUUGUUUUUACUAAGUCAGAAGGUAAAGUAGCCGAUGUCACACAGGGGAAGGCCGCUGGAGGGCUCAGGGCGAGUCACGUAUUCUUGCAAAUUAACCAGAAAGAUGUUGGAAUACAGCGUAUCACAGCAAGUACUGAAACCAGUACAGUUUGUGUGCUUAAAAUGUAUUCAGGCUCAAAUUAGAAUAUUUCUUGGUUGCUUAUUUUCAUUUAGUACAUGGAUGACGUCAAUUCAACCAAAUGAGAUCAAAUUCAUUACUUCAAUGCGCAACAUUUUAGAUAUUAAUGAACGUGCGUUACAUUCAAGCCAGUGCCAAAUGAGUUGCUACAAAGCUAAUUAAGACAGCUCCACACAACUCUCUGUAUUUCUCAGCAUGGCUAUGUUCAGAAAAUCCCGUCCGACGUUCGUGCAAAAACAAAGAAGAUAAUCACCUCCUCUGAAGAGUUCAUCUUUGGUGGUGCACGAUCACGGAAGGCUUGUAUCGUGCGGAUGACCCGACAGUGUAGCUUUAAGCUGCAUCUUUGUCAAUUUCAUAAAUAUCUUAAAUAUUACUGACGGGAAUAGAACUAGAAUGCCCAGCCCUAGUUGGUAGUUUUGUAUCUGAGUGCGGACAUAACAAAAAGGGUAUUUAAGUUUGUUGGGGGCCCAAAGAGCCCUCCACAAGCCUCUCGGUGUGACUGCUACGUAGCUCUCUGGCAAACUGAGCACCCUGGUGUCUUCAUCCUGUAUGUGGAGGCUAGCCAUUUUGUAGCUGAAGUUAUAGGACAAAAACGAAGUUUGGUGUUAAUUGGUUUUUUACAAAGGGGGGGAAAGUAGUGUUCUCGUACUGCACUGUGAUAACGCAGUAUCGGAGGUUUUUGUUCUUUUUCUAGUUUUAAAGAUUGGCUCCAUAUUUAAAAGGGCCAUCUGCGUGGAAUGUAUGCACUUCUUGAAGAAGUGGAUCAUAUUGAGGUAUUUUUGUGCUUAUUGGAGACAGCGGCUUGGAAAUGGAUUUUUAACUGUCCAAAUAUUGCUCAAGCCUCAGGGGACUAAUUGUUUGAGCUGUUCUGUCCCAGCGAGGUUAAAAGGGAAUCAGGCUCUUCACCCACACAGUCCUCACAGACAGCGAGAGGAAUUUGCUCAGGUGUAGUUAUUAUUUCCAUACCUGAGAUUACAUAUUUGCCCUAUAAAACCCAAGUGUGAUAGAAGAAGAUGGGGGUGAAAUUGUGGUUAAUAUCUUCUGUCUGUAGCCACACGCCACCAGCCGUGUACAAAAAAAAAAC